AUGGCAGCAAAGCCACCGCUGCCGCCGAGGACACCAAGCGCUCCUGACAGUCGUCGAGUAUCUCUCAACCCUCAGACUCUGUCCUCCGAUCAAUAUCUGUCUCCUCCGACGCAUUCCCCCAGCGGAUCACCCUACCUUGGAGGGAUUCGUGAUCCGCGGAAUUCGUCUACUCAAUCGCUUGGAGCUGUCAAAUCUGCCGACGACCAGCGACGGACCUUGCUCCUUGUCUACAUCCAUGGCUUUCUGGGCGAUGAGACAAGCUUCAAAAGUUUCCCAGCUCAUGUGCACGGAUUGUUGAGCCCGGCGUUGGCGGCGACCCAUGUUGUCUACACCAAAAUCUACCCGCGGUACAAGUCUAGAGAGAACAUUACUGUGGCCAGAAAUGCUCUCAGCAACUGGCUUGUUCCACAUGAGUCCGACUCAACUGAUAUCAUUCUGUUGGGACACAGUUUGGGAGGAAUCCUCGCGGCGGACUUGAUCUUGAUGCAAUCCAAUGAGCGGGAAGGUCUGAGUCUGCAGCACCGCAUUCUAGGCCUGAUUGCAUUCGACACCCCUUUCCUUGGUAUGCAUCUCGGUGUUGUUGGUACAGGCAUUGCUAGCUUGUUCCGGACUCCUCCUCAACUGGAAGAGCCUGCACUGCUUGGUCCUUCUCCGUUCUCAGACUCGUCCUCUGCGCAGCAAGAUCCGACAUAUAACCCUAGGUAUACCAACGAUGUUCGCUUGGCUAACAGGAAGGGCAAGCUGCAGAGGGCAUGGUAUUUCUGGAACAAGCAUGCUGGCGAGUUGGCAACGGCUACCAAGAAAUACGUGUCUUCACAUCUCGAGUUCGGUGGCUGCCUUGCGGAUUAUCCAGGCUUGAAGAAGCGUUAUCGCGCCAUUCGCGCCCUGGAGGACGUGGUAGACACCACACAACCCCGAGAUGCGAAUGGCCGAUUGAUGAGGCGAGUAAGGUUUGUCAAUUACUAUACUGCAAGCACAGGACGGAUAGGGGAGGACCUGAAAGAGUCGCAAGAGCAACCUGAAUCAACUGCCUCUGCAUCUGAAACUCCACUGGCGACGCCAGCGUUCGCUGGUGAUACACAGAGCAAUCCUGCAGACAUACGAACGACUCCACGGUUGUCACUUGAGGAGUAUCGCGAGGAUGAGGUUUUGAACAAAGACGUCGUGGAGCUCAGCAUUGACGCCACUCCUCCCCAAGACUGUUCUUCCAGUUUUGUCAGCAGGGCUAUAGUCACUCCACCCGGCGAGGACCAGGUUAUGGACGAACAGGUAGAUGCCAACAGUGGCACAGCUGCACAGUCGCUUUUAUCCCGCCCAUCAUCGACUGGUCAGGACGGAAGCGGUCCUCCCGUGACGGCGGAACAGGCUCCAGAGAACCACAAGGCCAUCGACCAGAUGCUGGAUACCGUAGAAACCCACCGGCAUAACCAAGACACGCCGCCCUACUGUGGACUCGCGGCAAAGCAGCAUGAAGCGGGAGGCACGCAGGCGACUCAGGACCAGCCUCUUCUACAAAGCAAACAGACAACUGGAGAUCCGAGAUUAGACGUUGAUCAGCGUGGAAAGAGCCUAGAGUCUGCGGAAAGCAGCCAUUCCAGCAAGGCACAGGCAAAUAAGAAAAGGAAAGAUCGGAAGUUUUGCGCCCUCCCGACCAAAGACACUCGGACCGGAGAGCGAGAUCGAACGUGGAUUAGAGUACACAUGGAAGGCAUUGAUGAGGUAGUGGCGCACACUUCCUUAUUCAAGAUCGGAGAGACGUAUGGCAAGCUACUCGGCGACACCGUUGAACGAAUUCAAGAGUGGAUUGCUGAGGAUGCGUCAACACGAAUGGUUCUCGCAGAGCUAAGCAACGACAGAUGA